AUGGGCGUAAGGGGACUCACAACAUAUAUCAACCAUAAUUCCAACGUUUUUAUGAAAGAUCACAACUUGCAUGAUACCAACUUAGUGAUAGAUGGUCACAGCCUUUGCGCCCAAUUAUACAGAUCACUGAAUUGUUUUUCAGCUUUUGGUGGAGACUAUGACAAAUUUGCCAAUUAUAUGAAGACAUUCUUUAAAAAUUUGAAAAAGUGCAACAUAACAUCGUACGUUAUAUUCGAUGGGAGCUAUGAGAAACGUAAAUUAAAAACUGCACACAAUAGGCUCCGAUCAAAGAUAUAUGGAGCGGCUAAAUUGGAUCCAGUGACUCAAGGAACCAUACAAUUAUUCCCACUGUUACUUCGUGAUCUGUUCAAAGGAGUAUUGAAUGAAAUCAAUGUAUUGUAUACUGUGUGUGAAUUUGAAGCUGAUGAUGAAAUUGCGGCUUUAGCGAGAUGUUUAAACUGCCCUGUAUUGAGUUAUGAUUCAGACUUUUAUAUUUAUAAUGUUCUUUAUAUACCAUUUAACACAGUUGAACUGAAGCCAGUGCAAAUUAAACAGGGUGACCAAAAAAUUUAUGUCAUACACUGUCAAAUAUAUAAAGUAGAAUUUUUGACAGAACAUUUUGGUGGAAUAAACAAAGAACUGCUGCCCCUAUUGGCAACAUUACUUGGUAAUGAUUUUGUAGAGAAGAAAGUUUUUAGUAAAUUUUUUUCCCAAUUAAAAAUGCCUAAAAGUAAAAAUAAAAAUGAACAACAGAGGUGUAUACAUGGUUUAUUUAUUUGGCUUCAAAAUGAAUCUUUAGAGUCAGCGAUAUCCAAAAUAAUUGGUAGGCUGAAGAAACGGGAAAAAGAGAAAGUGUUUGAAAUAAUUAAGAAGAGUAUCAAUGGUUAUCAUAAAAAAGAUUGUAGAUCAUUAAAAUAUUUGAAUUUAUCUUAUAACAUCCCAGAUAAGAAUGUUGACAUAAAAAUGCCACAGGAUAUGAAUGAUGAUGUUUCAGUAGCAUUGGAAGAAGAGCAAUCUGGUGAUGAUGAUAAUUCAUCUGAAGAAGAAAUAGAAUCAAAAACUGAAUUGAAUGAAUUGCCAGAUUGGUUUGCUGAUGGUAUUAGACAGAAAACAAUACCCCAUUCUUUCAUUAAUCUUUACACCCACCAUCUGUACUUCUGUUCACCUCAAGCUGAGGAUUAUAUGCAAGAAGACUCACAUUUUUGUAUUUUACCCAUCCUCAGAUAUGCUUUUGACAUUCUGACUGACUUUGAGGAAGAAUAUUUCACUUAUGUCAGUAGAGACAGGGACUGUAAUUAUAAAAGAAUUUUAAUUAACAAAGACGUUGGAAUUUCAAGAUUACUAGAGAUUCCCUUCUCUAGACUAACUAAAGUGCAACUACAUCUAUACUUCUACCAUUUCUUUAAAGAAAAAUUUCCAAAAAUUGAUUUUGAUGUUGUAGAAUUAUUACCAUCAAAUUUUCAAAUUUUUGCUCUUGCUAUUAUUUGGUGGGUCUCGAGUUGUGAUGUGUUAAUAGGUCAAGUGCAUAGCCUGCUUUUAUCCUAUACAUAUUUAGAAGCCGUUGAUGAAAAGGUGGGGAUGCCCAGAGCCAGCUUUAACUUUAAUAACAGGUUUUCAAACAAAUUGGUUGAGUUGAAAAGUAGACCACACAUGGAAAUGACACAAGAGAUACAGACAAAUAAGAAUAAAGUUCAAUACAAUGAUUGUUUAAUUGCAGCCAGUGUUCUACUAAAACAUUUUGAAUUGGAUGAUACCAUCAGGAAAAGACCAAAAAGUUAUGAUUCCAAACGAGUACAUGCUUUUGCCCAGCUUCAAUGUUGCUUGCUCGCUAUUAACUCAUUAAAUAUUCUCUGUGGUAGUCCCUUUGAAGGAACAGACUAUGCAAGAAGUUACAAUGGCACAUUUAUUUACAAUAUAGCAAUGAAAGUCGAGAGUGAAAAGGAUCCAUUGUCAUUUUUUAAGGAAUACUUAAAAGGAGCUUACAGUGUCCUAUGGUUCUACAAUAGUUUAAAUGUAAUUGUAACAAGACUGUUAGACAAAAACGAUUUACGGUUUAAAGAAAUUGCGACUGGGAGUAAAAAAAGAAGUAGGCGGAAAAAAAAAACUGAUGACGAAAUUUCUUUUAUUAUCAAAGGUUUUGAAUCAGAGGUUAAAAUAUAA